GAUAUAACUCAUUGACAGACAAAAGCCCUGCGACCGGAAGUUCACUGAAUCAGAACUUCUGAACUGAAGGGAAACUUGGGUGUGUUCCGGGCGGCACCGGCACCGAUGCAACCCACGUGGCUGUGGUUCUGGCGUAACUUUUUUACCCACCAUCCCCAAGAACCGAGCUCAGUGGAAUAAAACAUGUCGGGAGGGUCACUGCGGGGGGAGUUCCUCCACAAACUGCCCUCCUCUGUAUUAUGGGAGUUCUGCCGGCUCAUGGACGGGCUGUCGGACCUCGACUGGACCCGCUUUGCCUCCGCGGUCCUCAAAGACCAGAACGACGUGCGCCUGUGUGAGCGGACGUUGAGGCGCACAGACCAGGUGAUGAACAAGUGGGGGAACCGGAACGGCCGCGUGGGCGAGCUGAUCGACCUGCUGGACGCCCUGCAGCUCUUCAAGCAGAGGGAUUUCAUCCUGAGCCGUAUGACAGAAGUGAACCCUCCGCCCCCACUUCCUCCUCCCCCUCCCCUCUAUCAGCCUGGCGCUCUGCCCCCAGCAGCUGACCUUUCACCAGCACCUCUGCCUGGGCCGGCCCCGCCCCCCUGCGACCUGCUAUCAGAGGUUCAGCCUCAGAAAGUACAGCGCCGUGAUGUCAUCCCACCACCCCCCUCCCUGGCGUCUUGCAGCACCAGUGCAGUCAUGUGUUGGCCUUAUGAGGAGGUGCAUGCUGGGACACGGGGGUUUUCCUCUGCCCUGCAGGUGGGCGAAGGGGGUUUUGGUGUCGUGUACCGGGCCUGCUUGAAGAAUGUGGAUUGUGCCGUCAAGAGACUGCGUCAGGACGGCGGGAUGGACUGGACCCAGCUGAGGAGGAGCUUCCAGACGGAGGUGGAGAAGCUGUCAAAGUUCAGACACCCAAACAUUGUGGACCUGCUGGGCUUCAGUGAAGGAGGGGGCUCCAUGUGUCUGAUCUACAGCUUCAUGGAAAACAGAUCCCUGGAGGACCAGCUGCACAGUGUAAGCCCCUCCCUCACCGGUUUAUCUUCGGGUCCUGGUAUCUGUCUGCAUGUGUGUGUGUUUGUGUUUCAGGGGGGGGUGCUGACGUGGUCCCAGAGAGUCAGCAUUGUGGAGGGAGCAGCUGCAGCUCUACAGUUUCUGCACUGCCCCCCUCCUGGUCAGGAGCCAUUGAUCCACGGAGAUGUCAAAAGCUCCAACAUCCUGCUGGACCGCCACCUGGAGGCAAAGCUGUCAGACUUUGGUCUGGCCCGGUACGUUCCCCCGGGCCUGCCCAGCUGCUCUACAACCCAAACCGUGUCUGUGGGGAAGACGGCGACGGUGAGAGGAACACUGGCUUACCUGCCGGACGAGUACGUGAGGAAAGGGGAGCUGUGCACUGCUGUAGACGUCUACAGCUUUGGAGUGGUACUGCUGGAGGUUCUGACUGGACGGCCGGCUCUGGAGAAGGACCAGAAGACUAGAGACAGAUACCUGAAAGACCUGGUGGUGGAGGUGGAGGAAGGCCCAGCGGCGUGGCGGCGGCAGCUGGACAGACGUCUGGUGACAGGGGGGGCGGCUGAGCCUGUGGGCUUCCAGGAGGUGGUGGCUCUAGCAUGCAGGUGUCUGAACCAGCAGAGGAAGAGGAGGCCCCCCAUGACUGAGGGGUUUGACUGUCUAAAGAGGGUCCACAACAUGGUGAGGAAGGCUGCCCCCUCCUCCUCCUCCUCCCAGCCUGAUCCUCAUCUCCGCCCCCCCUGCUCUCCAGAUCAUGUGGAUGUUCUUACCUAUCAGCUGUCCCAACUAGGUCCACUGGAGCACAGUUACCCCCCCUCCUCAUCCUCCUCCUCAUCCUCCUCUUCAUCCUUUUCUCCUCACCCGCUGCACUCCUCCUCCCUGCCCCCCCUCUCCUCCAUUGCUGGCCCAUGUGAGACUGAUGAAAGUCGGGGUUUUUCCCAGUACGACCUCCGUCCCCAAUCCAGAUGUGACUGCAGGUCCCAGUCGCCAUCCAGCACAAACCCAGCCCCCCCCUCCAGCCAACCCCCUCCCCCCAUCAAACACAAGCCCCCCUUCCAGAUCAGCAGCACAGGUGACUGUCCAGGGCCCAGCACCCCCACGAGGUCCUCCUCAGGACCCGACAGUGGAGUGGUGCCAGCGGGCCUUGAGGGGUUUUCUCCUGUGGGCUCCCUGCAUGCUCCUCCCCUCGGACCCUCAAAUGGGUCAGCAGCAGGUGCUCAGAUGUGGGAGGCAAAGUCUGAAUGCUCCUCUGCUUCAGUCCUCAUGAACUCCAGCAAGCGCCGCCUCCUGGAGAAAACCCAACAGUACAUGGAGGGCCAGAUCCGGACGCCUGAGCUGCUGUCGUCUCAAAACCUCUAUGAAGCAUGUGGUUCUGCAGACCCUGGAGAACCAGAGGAGAGUGAUGAGCUGGACUACCUUCAGCACAGCUGACCGCUUCCUGCUGUGGCUGUGGGCUUAAGGUCCACAGGCGGUGCCGAGCUGUGACUGGACUGUGAGGCGCUCUAGACCAAUGGGACCUUCAGGAACCCGUGACAGAAUCUUCUGACUCAGGCUUCAGAACCUCCAGAUUUUUUUCUCCAUCAGUUCUGCUGCAUCUUGGAGCAGAACUGAAGUCGGCCUGUGGUCACAUGACGAAGAACUGAACCAGGACAUGGAACCCGCCUUGUACCAUUUUUGGACCAAUGCAGAACAGCUGGGGUUUGUUUCCAGAGAGAAGCAUUCAGAAGCCUUUGGUUGUAAUGGUCUUGGUGUCUCAUCAAAACUUAACGAUUGAGUUGCAGAUGAAGCAGAACUGGACAGGUUGGUACUGGACUGAAGCUUCAGCUGCUCAGAUUUUGGCUGUUUGUCUUCUGUCCAUCCAGACUGGAAGAGAUCUGGAUGGACAUUUUCCUGGACUUACCAAGACUGUGGAAGUGCUGACUGCUUCUCCCUCAGGCUCAGCUCCUUCAGGCGUCUGGUUCUGUGUCGGAAAGUAGAACUGGAUCGGGACAUGUAAAGGGUGAAAAAACAGGCGCCCCUCAAAGUCCAAACAGCAUUCUUUCCUCCAGAGCACGAAUUCUAAACAACUACACCCCUGCCUGAACCGUUCCAAAGGUACUUUCCAUAUUUGGAUGUUUCAACUGAUCCUGCGUUCACGCCGGACGCAAUUCGUGCAUCAAAUUGACCCGCUGAUCACAUCAUGAGUCCCAAGGCUGAGUCCCUGAUUGAUUUACUCAAAAUUCUUUGCCAAAGUUUGGAUAUUUGAACUCUAGAAACAUCACGACGUGAUGAAAUGGCUGAAAUGCGUUGCUGGCAGACCGCCGUGCCGCUGAUCACGUGUGUAUAUUGACAACUGGACGCCCCUAAUGCACGAAUCAUGUUCAGGGAAAACAAAGGUUAAAGAUGGAACAGCAAAGAGAAGAACCCCCCCAUCAUAUGUUGUUAAGAUCAAAAACAGAAUAGGAUUGGGAUUUUUAACAUUUUUCCCCGGAAGGUUUGUCCUUGACUCCCAUUAACAAACACGGGGGGGGGGGGUGACCUUGAAUCAUGGAGCUCUGCAUGGCAACCAGAAACAGGGAGUCCUAUCACAUUUGUUGUAAUGUUAACAGUACAAAAGUGGAUUAACCUCAAUGACCAAAGAAAAAGAUGUCCUUCAGCUUCUGAAAAAUGUACAUUUUAAAGCAAAAAGGAAGAAAGUGUUGAUCAAAGUCUCUAAAGCAGCCAGCCUCUUUAUUGUUUUUUUUUAAUUUGUCAAUUCAAAUUUUAGAGUACGGGCACGAUCCAGUGUGUUCAUAUUCUGGCUCCAGGUCAAAGGAAAUGCAGAGGGUCGUGUCAGGACGGACAUCCAACUACAAAUCAAAGCCUCAUGAAUCGUGGGAAUCACAGACGGAUCUUUCACAACAGACCAGUUGUUGGUCGGGGUAGCAACAACCACCACCACUGCUGUUGAUCUACAGGGUGUUUUCUAAUCGUGCUGCAGCUGUGCCUUCUUGUUCCCCCUCCUUAGAGCUCAGCGCAUAUGUAAAUAAGGGAAACCCACAAACUUAAUAAAAGGGGAGGCGACAGGAGUAUGCAGCAGAGCGGAGAGAGAUUGUAACUGAAUAUUCUUCUCUGUUCGUUCUCAUUAAAGGUACCUUUGUCUGUUUGUCUUUCUCCUUCCUUUUUGAAUAGUUCAGAUGUUGCAGGUUGUUUUAACCCAACAUUAAUUUGUGCCCCACAAAGCCUUGGCACAUUUAAAAAAGGCUUAAAAACUUUCCUUUUUGAAUAAAGCUUUUUAGUACUUC